AUGACAAGUGUUUAUCUUGUUAUCAGAAGUUCAGGACCCUCUACCGUCACCACCACCACUAAACACUCCUCCAGAGCUCAAAAAUCUGUCCCUUUUUUCAUCAAUGGCGGCAAUAACACCAACUUCCUCCCUUUCCAACUUCAUUUCUCCAAAUUUUCUUCAAAUCCCAUCUUUCUUUCCACACCAUCCAAAAAAAUCAAAUCUUUCAUUUCACCAUAAACCAUUUAUUAUUAUUACUUCAAAACCACCUCCCAAGAUUUUGUGCUCUGCUGCUGCUGCUGCUGAUAAUGUUUCCAGUAUAAAAUCAUCUCAGCCAAUGGUUCCUCCUUAUAAUGUUCUAAUCACUGGUUCCACUAAAGGAAUAGGCUAUGCCUUAGCUAAAGAAUUUCUGCAAGCAGGUGAUAAUGUCUUAAUAUGCUCAAGGUCUGCUGAACGGGUUGAAACAGCUCUACAGACCUUAAGGACAGAUUUUGGGGUUCAGCGUGUGUGGGGUACAAAAUGUGAUGUUAGGGAUGGAAAUGAUGUAAAGAAUCUUGUCCAGUUUGCACAAGACAACCUCCAAUACGUGGAUAUAUGGAUUAAUAAUGCAGGAUCCAAUGCAUAUAGCUUUAAGCCUUUGGCAGAGGCUUCAGAUGAAGAUCUCAUAGAAGUUGUUACUACAAACACACUUGGUUUAAUGAUUUGUUGCAGGGAGGCAAUGAAAUUGAUGAUUAACCAGCCUAGAGGCGGCCAUAUAUUUAAUAUUGAUGGAGCAGGUUCUGAUGGAAGACCAACCCCCAGGUUUGCUGCAUAUGGGGCAACUAAGCGCAGUGUGGUACAUUUGACAAAGUCAUUACAGGCAGAGUUACAGAUGCAAGAAGUAAGCAAUGUUGUCGUCCAUAACUUGUCGCCAGGAAUGGUUACAACUGACCUUCUGAUGUCCGGUGCCAACACAAAGCAGGCAAAGUUUUUCAUUAAUGUUUUGGCAGAACCUGCAGAUGAGGUUGCAAAGUACCUUGUCCCAAAUAUCAGGUCCAUACCGAGCAGGGGAUCUACAAGGCCAACUUACAUUCGUUUCCUUACGGGAUUAAAAGCUUACUCCCAAAUAUUUUCCAGACUGGCUUUUGGAGCUAGAAGGAACAGAUACUUGGUUGAAGAUUGAUAAUAUCUCUUCAUUUCUAUAAUGCAAAUUGCAAAUAUGUAUACUUAACUAAUCCUCUUUUAGUCUUUUUAUAAUAUAAGGUUGAUUGAAAGUUGAAUUAAUCA